CUGCACCAUUCCACAGCAGUAAGCAGACUGCCUUAAGGAAACCGUUUCCAGCCCUCUGAAAUUGGAUUCAGCAUUCUAGAUGGCAGAUAAGCCUAAAUUUUGUCCAUGUGACCUUGGAGAUGUGUUUGAUUAUCAACCUCUUGGACAAGAAGUGUCAAUUGAGCAUAUUAAGGCCUAUGUAAAGAAGCCCUCUUUCCAGACCGAUGCAGCUGUAAUUGUGAUUCAUGAUAUAUUUGGAUGGCAACUCCCAAAUACUAGAUAUAUUGCUGAUUUGGUUGCUUCCAAUGGAUACAUUACAAUUUGUCCAGACUUUUUUAAGGGAGGAGAACCUUGGAAACCCUCUGAUGAUAUGUCUCAAUUAAAUGAAUGGCUAAAAACACGAGAUCCCAAAAAUAUAGAUAAGGAAACUGAUGUAGUCUUGAGAUAUUUGAAGGAAGAAUGUUAUGUGACAAGGAUAGGCGUCAUUGGCUUCUGUUGGGGUGGAUCUGCUGUACAUCAUCUGAUGUUGAACUAUUCUAUAUUUACUGCAGGCGUAUCCAUCUAUGGAUCUGUCAGUUUAAUGGAGGACAAUUUCAACCUGAAAAAUCCCACAUUUUUCAUUGUUGCAGAGAAGGAUGAGUACAUUCCUGUUGACCAGCUUCCUCUCCAGUACCAUGCUGUCAAAUCAGAAAACAAACCAAGCAUGAUAUUUCAACUUUCGUCAUGGUUAGAGAAUACAGUGGCCAAUUAAUAUACUGAGGUCUCCCCAUAAUUAUCACAUAGGAGCAGUGCUAGAAGGGCACAAGUUUAAGAAUUACUCUAUUACAGCUUCAAAAAAUGGAUCUUGGUACUCUAUUGAAAGGAAAAGGUUUUAAUUUAAUAUUUUUCAAAAAACGAAUUAAGAAUUGGUCAUAAAAUAAAACAGGGCUCUUUGGGUUAUCUGCGAUGUAUACUGUAUGUUUAAAUUUUUCAUAGAACUCCUAGACGAAAACUAUAACUGUAUUUUCUAUGUGUCCUAACUUUAAAAUAUGGAGAUACGUUUAAUCUGUUUUCCAUGCUGAUUCCUUCAUUCAAUCAAGUUUUACAUUUUGAUGUCAUUUCAGUGGAUAAUAAAGGAGGUAACUUUAAAACACUUACUUUACAAAACUUCAAGGAUCAUGUUAAAUUAACAUUUUUAAUUAUGCAAACACAAACUAAUAAAAGCUU